CUUUCUUUUUUUCUUUCUUUCUUUUUCUGUGCAUAUCUCAUUUGUGCUGUUCCCGUGCAGGGAAGAAGCAAGCUAGGAGACUCUCUGGGCAUCUAUCUUCGGGUCAGGACUGGGUAGGGGUCAAGCUGGAAAAAACUAUCCUAUGACAGAUAAAAUUGAUUUGCCAAUAUAUUUUGGAGAUUCCUUUUCUGCAGGGCCAGUUAUUCAUGUCAGGAGAGCACACUGUUUUCAUGAAACAAUGUGGGAAAGGCCAAAUGAAUUUUGCAUUUUAUCUGUGAAGUCUGGGCAAGGGAUGGUAGCUUGCAAUUCCUGAAUGCCCUUCCAGCCUGGAGAGGGGCAGCCAGAGGGGAGAGGAGAUGGCACCUCCGGGGCACAGAAAAUGCCACUUGCCCUUUAGUUCUGUUAGUGCCCUGCUGUCCUGCCUAGCUGGCUAGAGCAGAGUGUACUCAGUGACCCCCAAACAAAAGUUCAUUUGCGCUCUGCUUAGCAACCUGCCGGGGUGAGGACCCUGAACAUUUAAAUAUGAAUGAAUGGGCAAAGGAGCAUCUCCUCCGGAUUCCCCUGGCAGAAUGAAUGGCUGCCCCCAGGUACCUGUCACCUAGGCGGACACCACGGAGCCCAGGGUCGGGGGAGGAGUGCCAGGACCCGCUUUCGAAAUCAAGCCAGCAUUGUGGAUUGAGAGUGUGCCUUGGGUUGGGAUUUUUACUUCCCUUUCAGAAAAUCAAAGAGGGGAAAGCCAAGGGACUGGGCAGAGAGAGAAAGAGGAGAAAAGAAUAAAAAACAGAAGUGAGCAAAAUCAGGAGAAUGCAUGCUAGAGGGGGAUGCAGAACCCCGGAGCUGGUGAUAUUGGAAGAGAGGUGUGUGAGAGGGAGCGGAGCAGAAGGGAAGCAGCCUGUCAGAAAACGGGCUGUCCCUCCCCUCCCUAAUCACAGCCUCUACUCACAGACAGCUCCCUCCCUCUCCCAUUCACACUCACUCAUUUAGGGCCAAUUCUCCUCUCUCUCUCUCUCUCUCUCUCUCUCUCUCUCUCUCUCUCUCUCUCUCUCCUCCUUUCCCUUCCCCCUUUCCUCUCUCCCCUCUCCCCUCUCUCCUCUCUCCCUGUCUCUCUCUCCCUCCCAUCCUCUCUCUGUCUCUGUCUCCCCCCCACCCUGUCUCUCCCUCCCUCCUUCCCUCCCUCUCUCCCUCCUUUCUUCUCUUUUACUCGGAGACAGUCAGAACUCUCCUCCCUGACAGCCACAAACCUACAACACUGACUGCCUUCAGAGAGAGAACCUGCAAACAAAACUUCACAGAAAACUUUUUGCUCUUGUUCCAGAGAAUCUGCUGAAGAGGAGAAGAAAAAAAAAAAUCAAAAAAAAAAAAAUUCAAAAAAAAAAAAAAAAAAAAAAAAAAAAAAAAAAAAAAAACCUGUGCGUGAGGGGGAGGAGAGCGAGGCCUUUUAAAGAGGCAAUCACAACAACUUUGGCUGCCAGGAUGCCCCUGCUCUGGCUGCGAGGAUUUCUGUGGGCAAGUUGCUGGAUUAUAGUGAGGAGCUCCCCCACCCCGGGAUCCGAGGGGCACAGUGCAGCCCCCAACUGCCCUUCCUGCGCGCUGGCCACCCUCCCAAAGGAUGUACCCAACUCUCAGCCAGAGAUGGUGGAAGCCGUUAAGAAGCACAUCUUAAACGUGCUGCACUUGAAGAAGAGACCCGAUGUCACCCAGCCGGUGCCCAAGGCGGCGCUUCUGAACGCGAUCAGGAAGCUUCAUGUGGGCAAAGUGGGGGAGAACGGGUACGUGGAGAUAGAAGAUGACAUCGGCCGGAGGGCAGAAAUGAAUGAACUGCUGGAGCAGACCUCGGAGAUCAUCACGUUCGCAGAAUCAGGCCCAGCCAGGAAGACACUGCACUUUGAGAUUUCCAAGGAAGGCAGCGACCUGUCCGUGGUGGAGCGCGCAGAAGUGUGGCUCUUCCUGAAGGUUCCCAAGGCCAACAGGACGAGGACCAAGGUCACCAUCCGACUCUUCCAGCAGCAGAAGCACCCACAGGGAAGCUUGGACACGGGCGAUGAGGCUGAGGACAUGGGCUUAAAGGGGGAGAGGAGUGAACUGUUGCUCUCGGAGAAGGUGGUGGACGCACGGAAGAGCACCUGGCACAUCUUCCCUGUCUCUAGCAGCAUCCAGAGACUGCUGGACCAGGGCAAGACCUCCCUGGACAUGCGGAUUGCCUGUGAGCAGUGCCAGGAGAGUGGGGCCAGCCUGGUGCUCCUGGGCAAGAAGAAGAAGAAAGAAGAAGAAGGGGACGGGAAGAAGAAGGAAGGAGGUGAAGGUACGGCGGAGGAGGAGAAGGAGCAGUCCCACAGACCUUUCCUCAUGCUGCAGGCUCGGCAGUCUGAAGAUCACCCUCACCGCAGGCGCCGGCGGGGCUUGGAGUGUGACGGCAAGGUCAACAUCUGCUGUAAGAAACAGUUCUUUGUCAGCUUCAAAGACAUUGGCUGGAACGACUGGAUCAUCGCACCCUCUGGCUACCACGCCAACUACUGUGAGGGUGAGUGCCCCAGCCACAUAGCAGGCACCUCGGGGUCCUCACUUUCUUUCCACUCAACGGUCAUCAACCACUACCGCAUGCGGGGUCACAGCCCCUUCGCCAACCUCAAGUCGUGCUGUGUGCCCACCAAGCUGAGACCUAUGUCCAUGCUGUACUACGAUGAUGGGCAAAACAUCAUCAAAAAAGACAUUCAGAACAUGAUCGUGGAGGAGUGCGGGUGCUCCUAGUCACCCGGCCUGGGGGAAAGGGAGCUAGAGUGGCUGGGCGAAGAAAGUAGCAAAAAUGAAGAUUUUUUUUUUUUAAGGUUUCUGAGUUAAACAACCAGAAAAAAAAAAAAAUAGAAAUUUUGAAAAAAAAAUUAAAAAAAAAAAACACACAAAACUAAACUAAAAACAGAACCUAUGAAACAGAUGAAGGAAGAUGUGGAAAAAAAAAAUAUCCUUAGCCAGGGCUCAGAGAUGAAGCAGUGAAGGGGACAGGAGAUGGGAGGGAGAAUCAAACUGAUGUCAUCAGUUGUUUAAACGGGGUAUUGUCCUCUCCUCCCUGCUGCGGUUCCCUCAGGAACCCCAAAAUCAAUUUGUCUAGUGGUGUUCAUGUAGACUAGCACAACCCAAAUAAUGUCUAGAAAGCCAUGAGUUUAAAAGGGCCAGUCCCACCCAAUCACCGGGUCAUCGAUAUGUCUGUGUGACACUAUUUCCGUGUAUAUCAGCAGAAACACGCAUACACAUACAGGCAUUUGCACACACAACCUACAUGCUCAUACUGCUAAGAGAGCAGCCGCGUGCAGGCAGUCACACUUUCUUUUUCUGCACCACGAUUGCAGCGAGACAAAACAAAACCAACAUUAAAACAAAAACAAAACAAAACAAAACAAAAAAAAACAAACAAAACAAAAAAACAGAACAAAAAAAUUGAUAACAAGAAUGGGAAGAGAGAAAGAUCAAGGAAAAACGAAUACCAAGUUACAAUUCGUUAAGGUGCUUCUGAUCUUAGAACUAUGCAACCUAAUACGUUUGAAACUGUUUACCUGAGAGAGAACAAAAAGAAAGACUUUUUUGUAUUGGAAAUAACCUGAUUAAUUUUUAUUUUCUUCAAGGAGAGAUACUUGAAAGGAAUAUGUUUGUCCAUCUGUUGGAUCCAAACAUUUCUAUAUUUUGUAAAUGUUGUUUUUUUUUAUCGUUUACUAUUUGCACUACAAUGGUAUUUGACCUGUCUAAUCCUUAUUUAACAAGUAUUUUCUUUGGGUGGGGGUGGGGGUGGGGUUCAGAGCUGCACUUAAUGUGAGCUAUAAAAGAACUGCUACAGCACACAAAAUAGCUAUUUUUAUUAUUAUAAUUAUAAUUAUUAUUAUUAUUUUGUACCUUAAAAAUAGACACAUACACCAAAGACAUUUGUGUGAGCCUUUAAACUGUCUGUGAUUGGUAUCAUUCACCAUCAGUAAGUCAGGGGUUGAGAGUCAAGGUGAGUAGGGUGGAUUACGUUCAGGCUUAAAUGACCUGAGAAGUUUGGUUUUUGACUCUUUUGACAUCCAUGAAACAGGACAUUUCAUACUGGAUGUACAGUAGUUGUACACUGUUGGAUAUCAAGUUCAAUCAAAUUCAUGAGAUUACAUGCUUGUAUGUGUAUAUAUACAUUGCUUGUGCAUACGCAUACCUGUGUGUAUAUAUACAUGUAUCGUAUCAUGUCCAUACACGAUGUAAGCACUUCAGGUUGUCUUUUUUUAAUGUUCUUAAAGCAAUGAAUGUUUGUGUGCAAAACACAGUAUUUUUAAGAAGGAUAGGCUAUAGUUUUUGCUUUUACUCUGAACUAGGUGGGUACAUUUCAAAACUUUGGAAGGCAAAAGCCUGAAAAUUCCAGUGAGUAUUCAGUGAGACCCUCUCUAAAUGUACAGGGAUCAAAUUCCUUUGUCUUUCUUGUUCCCCACCUCCUACAAGUUAUCCCCUGUGGGGAAAACAAGAUGCUAAUCAAAACUGUGGGCUGAUUUUUUUCACUUUAUAUUUAUUAUCUAUUGGAAUAUUGGAAUCAAUCUUAAAUCAGAAACUUUUUCAAAAACAAAACAAAACAAAGAAAACAGAAUUUCAGACCAGAAGAAGAGUUGGAUACUUUUUGUUUGUUUGUUUGGGGUCUGAACGUGAGAGAUAAUACUUGCACCAGUUGGGUUAAAUAGUUAAAAACUAAAUUUUCAGAGGAAGGUGUCGAAUGAGAGUGGAAAUUGAGGAAGAGAACAGUGAAGAGGAGGCACAGAGGAAGGCAGUAAGUUCCACUCUAAUAUUUUAAUUUGCUGCCAAAACUGUUGGUGUGUAAGUUUUUAUGUAUUGAUGCAAAUACAAAAACAAAGCAAAACAAGAAAACCAAACCUAACCAAACCAAACGAAAAAACCUGUCUUAUAGACAUGAAAGUAUACGCUUAAAGCUAGGGGUCUCUACUUUAUUUCAGUAUUUUGUUUGCCUUUAACGACAAUAAGUUUUUCGUCUGUGUGUUUAAAAUACAAAGCCUUAUUUUCACUGACUUAUUUGAAGUUUGUAAAGCUUGUUAAAAAUUAGAAGACAUUUCUAAUUAAGAAAGACUACAUUCAUCAGUACUCUAUAAAAUGGUGAUGCUCUUAGCCUUGGGUCAACUCAUAAUUUAAAAAGCAGUCGAAGGAGAAUGAACUAUCAGACCUGGUAUAACAAAAGGGGGUUUAAAAUUAGACUCAGUUAGAAUAUGUAACAUGAGGAGGUACGCAGGCUGAUUACCUUAGUCUUGUUUCUGGGCACAUAGACUUACUCUGUUCUAAGGGCCCAUCCUGUCUUAUGCAGGAAACACAGUCUGCGCUGUGUGAAAAGCUCCUGAUGGAUUCUAAUUACCAUCUAGCAUCCCUGGGCAUCAUGCAUGUGGAGAAGUUGGGUUUGGUGAAUUUCUAACAAAAAGCUUUGAGGGCCCUUUGAACUGCUUCUUUUUGAUACUGGAAAUGACACUGGAACCUAUGGAAAUAGUGUGAGGAUAUAUGUCCUAGUUCACUGUGCAAUGGUGCAGAAGGUUAAGGCCAUGGGAAAAACAGGAUUUACAAAGAUAGCUAAAUGUAGCUCCCAUUCAUCUCAAAUCAAUCUGCUGUCUUGUUAAGCCCUGUAAGUUGUAGACAUACGAGGGGAAACCUGGGGAGUGUUUAGUGGCCACAGUAAUUAUAAACAGAGUUAGGUGAAAUUUCAUGUGAUGAUAAUUUAACUGCUUAAAUGCUUGGGCUAUUGCAAGCCCGCAGAUGUUAACUUUGUUUCAUUUAAUUUUAUAUGGCCUUGAGAUAGAAUUAUAAAUUGCUACCGUCUUUCAUAAUGUUGGAAGAUAUUAUUUUACCAUCUUUAAGGAUCUCAGAAGAUACAAAGCCUUGUGAACAAUCACUCUUUUCACGUAGCCACAUUAGGCCAAAAUGAAAAGCUUUUAAAUUCUGCCCUCUUGGGUUCUUCAGACUCCCUCACACACGAUAAAAGAGGGUAUCUAUCUAAUAUUACUAUUUUGCCACUUUUACUCUGGAGUUGAACUCUAUGCUCUCAAGUAUCUGCCCACACUAAUUCUAGAAGCUCUAAAAAUCACUUGUCCUCAAUAUCUCAUAAUAACCAAGAUUUUAUAGGCUGAAUUUUCAUUUUCUUUUUUUUUUCUUCCUCCAAAAGUAGACAAAUUUCAGCACACUUACUGGGGUUUGGUUAUCCCAGUACCCCAGCCAAUUUCAAGUUCAUUUAAGAUUGAUUCCACACUCCAUUGUCAAGAAGAGUUCUUGCAGUCUCCUCAAAUAUAGACAUUGAAAUAGAAAAGGAAAAGAUUUUCUCGCCCUUGUAGGAUCUGGCGUCAAGAGGGGACUCUAAAUACAAAAAAUAUGCCUCAGUUGCAUUAAAGAGAGAUUCAAAUUAUCACAUUCACUUGAAAACGUGAUUUCCUGUGGGCCUUUUGGCAACUUUCCUUUUCAAUGUAGAGAAACCUUAGUCACCCUGAAAACCUACAUAAUAAAUGAAACUUAUAAAUGUGGGCAGGUUUGGGGGUGGACAUUGUAUGUGUUUAAAUUAAACCCUGUAUUACUGAGAAGCUAUUAUAUGGGUCAGAGAAAAUGAAUGCUUAGAAACUGUUCGCAUCUUCAAGAGCAGAAACAAACUACAUGUCUCAGCUAUAUUAUUAUUUAUUUAUAUGCAUAAAGUGAAUCAUUUCUUCUGUAUUAAUUUCCAAUGGGUUUUACCCUCUAUUUAAAUGCUUUGGAAAACAGUGCAUUGACAAUGGGUUGAUAUUUUUCUUGAAAAGAAAAAUAUAAUUAUGAAAGCCAAGAUAAUCUGAAGCCUGUUUUGUUUUAAAUUUUUUUUUAAUGUUCUGUGGUUGAUGUUGUUUGUUUGUAUGUUUUAUUUUUAUUUUGUGUUUUUUUUUUCCUUUGGCAUACUACAUGCAGUUCUUUAACCAAUGUCUAUUUGGCUAAUGUAAUUAAAGUUGUUAAUUUAUAUGAGUGCAUUUCAACUAUGUCAAUGGUUUCUUAAUAUUUAUUGUGUAGAAGUACUGGUAAUUUUUUUUAUUUACAAUAUGUUUAAAGAAAUAACAGUUUGAUAUGUUUUCAUGUGUUUAUAGCAGAAGUUAUUUAUUUCUAUGGCAUUCCAGCGGAUAUUUUGGUGUUUGCGAGGCAUGCAGACCAUAUUUUGUAUAGCUAGUGGACAGUAUUCAGCAGCGCCUGAUAGCUUCUUUGGCCUUAUGUUAAAUAAAAAGACCUGUUUGGGAUGUAUUUAUUUUUAUUUUUAUUUUAUGUCUUAUUUAUUGAUUUUUCCAACAUUGACUUUGCACACACAUUGCCACAUUCUUUGCUGGGUAAUUAUCUAGAAGAGGAUGAAGAACAGCCUGAAUAUGAAGGAGAGUUUAAAGUGUGGAGUGAGAGAGCUCAAGCAGAAAAAGAACCUACAAUUGCCAUAGCAGAGGCUUGUAAUAAACUGCAGAUGCUUGGGUCAGCAAUAUUUAUUCAUUUUGUUAAUUUCUUACUUCUCUAACUGUAGUGGCAACUGUUUGCAGGAAAUAAAGACAUUCAUUUCUUCUCUCC